CCCUCUUCUGCCUAAAAAUAAAAAGUUCGUGGUAAACAUUUGUAGCUUCCGGUUGGCGGGGGAGAGAGAGAGAUGGGGGAUGUGGAGAAGGUGAAGGAGGAGGCUGUGCAGAUAUUGGGAGCGUCAGAGGUUUUACCUAAACUGGUGGUUUUCGAUCUCGAUUACACUCUCUGGCCUUUCUACUGUGAGUGCCGGUCGAAGCGCGAGAUGCCUUCUCUGUAUCCUCAUGCCACUGGCAUCUUGCUCGCUCUCAAACAAAAAGGCAUCCAUCUUGCCAUUGCUUCUAGAUCCCCCACUCCUCACAUCGCUUCUUCUUUCCUUAACAAACUCAACCUUAAUUCCAUCUUUGUUGCCCAGGAGAUAUUUUCAAGUUGGACACACAAAACAGAUCAUUUCCAGAAAAUUCAUUCCACAACUGGGGUUCCCUUCAACUCUAUGCUCUUUUUUGAUGAUGAGAAUAGGAACAUCCAAGCGGUAUCAAAGAUGGGAGUGACAAGCAUCUUGGUUGGGAAUGGGGUCAACCUUGGAGCACUAAGAGAAGGGCUUACAAGAUUCUCUCAAAACUGGAAUGCAUCUCAGAAGAACAAGCAGAGAUGGUUGGACAAGUACUCUAAGAAGCCAGAUACUUCCAACAGUUGAAAUCUCCCAGAAUUCAUAAAACCCAAAUAUGUUGUAUCAAUCACUCCCAAUCUAGGAAGUACUUUUAAUGGUGAAAUCUAGAUUUUAGUAUCUGCAAACAGAAAUGUCCUAUAUUGUUGAUGAAAUAGAAUAGUAAACUGAACUUGUGUGGAUUGAACCCCUUCUAUGAAAAAAGGGUGAAAUAUUUUCAGCAGUGCAAUUAAAUUCAUGAAAA